GCAGUUUGAUGGCUCCUACUAAAUGCAUGCAGUGGGAAUGGACGAGCAAGACACACACGAGCCGGUCAGACAGUGCGCGCUGCUGACCUCCCGCACACACUUAUCACUUCAUCAGGAUUUCAUUAUCACAUUUUCACUUCAGAGGAUUUCUGCCUGUUUGGGUUUUUCUUUGCAGGGGACACGUGUUGGCUGACCUCUCUUAACUGUUUUCUUUAUUAUAGGACACGAGUGACAACAGCAUGCUGUCGUGCCUGAAGACCCUGCUGCUGCUCUCGGUCCUGUGCACGCCGACCUCCAGCCUGUGCCUCCGCCUCUACAACACCCGCACCGACCUCCUGUGCGACGAUCAGAUGGCAGUCCGGGUCCGGAGCGACGUGGACGGCGGCUGGGGGUCCCUCCUGCAGUCCGCAGAGUAUCUCUCCUCCUCUUCCUCCACCUCCUCCUCGUCUUCUGCCUCCUCCAGCCGGGAAAAAAGGACUUCAAGUCCUGCGAACUACCGCUUCAUGAGCCGGACGAAGCUCAGAGGGCAGAUGCUCCGCAACAGCAGCAGCAGCAGCAAAGGAGACCGGAGGAGCAGGCUGACCCUGUCCCUGGACGUCCCCACCAACAUCAUGAACGUCCUCUUCGAAGUCGCCAAGGCCAAACACCUGCGCGCCAAGGCGGCCGAGAACGCGCGCCUGCUGGCUAAGAUAGGACGCAGAAAGUGAAACAUGUGUGUUGGACAACUUAUAGAUUUAAAAACAGCCAUGACCAGUGUUGGCCUAUCCUCGUUACUUCAAAUGUAAUGACUUCUUAAAGUAAUGCUUUAUUGAUUUGUUUCUCAAAAGGGAAGAUUGUUUUCUUUCCCACUCACAUUACAGGUAAAAAGAAGCAUUUCUUUAUAGAAUUGAGUUGCUCUCAUGUGAAAGGUCCUUGGAAAGUUCUUCUUCUUCUUAUUAUUAUUAUUUUGCUCAUCAAAAACACCUUGGAAACCUCCAUUUUUUUAUGUGACUCAAUGAAACUUUGUGACUAAAGUUUGAUGAUGAUUCUCUAUUUUUUGUUUUUUUGGACAACUCAGCUUUAAACUCAUUAUUAUACAAUAUCUGGCUGAUAUAGAGUACAAUUUACAGAGUUAUUUACUCUUAAAUUAACUUUGCAAGUUGUAUUUAUGUUAAAGUUUUGCCUUUGUGGUGAGAAUAAUCCAUGUGUCUUUUAUGCACUUAUCAGAAAUGUUGUAGCAACUGUCUUAAAUCAAGACAUAAUAAGACCAAGAGCAAUAUGGAUGAUGUAGUUUUACUUGUUUCAAGAUGUGAUUUGGUCAUUUCAGGCAAGUAAACACAAGGAACCUUUGGCAGAUUCCUUUCAAAACUGAAAAGAUUUGCAGACUUUUACAUUUUUAACUUUCAAGAUGAAGAUGGAUUGCAGCAAAGCAAGACUGCUUUCAGUAAAGACGAGCCCUUAGAUUAUCUUUUUCAGUAAAAUUAAUGUUUGAUGUGUUGCCCCAAAGUCAUCAAAUUUUAAAUUUUUCACUAAACAAGAGUUGUGAUUACAUCCUUAGCAAAAGACCAAUGACAUGUUUUGUAACUCUGUUGCAUAAUCAUACCAUUAUUUGACAUUAUGAUGUUUUUAUCUCUUUGCUGCUUCGUUUAUUUAAUUAUUAAGAGGUUUGCUGUUCAGAAGUUCACAUGGGAGCCUGUAAUGAUUCCAGAUUCUUGUGUGAAACACCAACAGUGGAAAAAACACAACACUGACUCUGAAAUACUGUACAAAUCAACUGCAAGACCAUAUACAAAUACAGUAAAAUGCAAGUGCAUGAGAAUGUAUGUGUUCAUCAGAUGUCUGUUAUUUUUAUACUCAAAAUAAAGGAUUAUUUUUCCUCAAAUAAAGCAGAUGUAACUAACUACAUUUGGCAUUUUGAACAAUGUGAUCCAUAAAAUAUUCCUAUAAGCAUUCCUUUACCAUUCAUAAGGCUAAUAUAGAGCCUGACUGAUACAUCAGCAGUUCACCUGUCUGAGACGAGACUCAAAACACACAGCAAUGUCGACAUCUUGUGGGCAUUUGACCUAAAAACACACCAUGUUGUGGGUCAGCUCUGCAGUUGUGCAUCCCACAGGUCACUGC